CUGUUCCACAGGUCAGGGUAUAAGUUUUCGUGAUUCAUUUUAGCAGUUGACGUGCGGUAGCAAUGGUCCACGUCCCGAUCCGCGCCGUUCGCUUCAUCCGCACGGCAUCCAGCAAAGCUCUGCAUACCGUGCGUCGCCAAGGAGAGCCGGGCACCCUCGAUUGCCGAUACUUCUUCUUUGACAAGCUCGGACGCAAGCAGUCGCCUUGGCACCAUGUGCCUCUCUACGCGCCCUCAUCUCUGGAGCACCCUCAGGAAGUUGAUAUCCCUGCCAUUUUCCAUUUCGUGAAUGAAAUUCCAAAGGGUUCGCGAGAGAAGAUGGAGAUCGCAGGAGAGGAUGAAUUUAACCCCAUCAAGCAGGACGAACGCAAGGGUGCUCCGCGUUUGUACCACAGCGCAUCACUGGUCAACUAUGGCUGCCUACCGCAGACCUGGGAAGACCCGAACCACGUGGAUCCAUCUACUAAACACGGAGGAGACAAUGACCCGAUCGACGUGUGCGAGAUCGGCAGCCGUGUAGCUAGUAUCGGAGAGAUUUACCCCGUUAAGGUGCUCGGAGUGUUGGGUAUGAUCGAUGGUGGAGAAACGGACUGGAAGGUGAUCGCGAUCAAUGUGAACGACCCUCUGGCCGCUGAUAUCAACGAUCUAAGGGACCUGCGCAACACGCCGCUGCACGAUGUGAUCUCCCAAGUGCACCGCUGGUUCCGGGACUACAAGAUCCCGGACGGCAAACCACCCAGUGACUUCGCCUUUAACGGAGAGGCACAAUCAAAGGAUUUCGCUGUGGAAGUGAUCCAGCAGACCCACGAGAGCUGGAAGCAGUUGGUUGGGGACGAGCUGGCCUUCAACUCGAAGCUCUGGACUCGCACCAACGUUUAACGCACAAUUGAGCUAAGAAUGUGCAUAGACUCGUAGCAGUUCCAGGUUUCCGUUCAUUCCCCAAAAUGUACGUCACCUCCUUGACUCCCGGCU